AUGCGGCGAUUUCUCACUACGGUCGUCCUUACGGCAUGUGUAUCGCGCGCAAACGCGUUCUCGCCGCGUAAAUCAUACGUUGUGUCACACGAGGGAGACGUUGACGAAAUGUGUGACGCACUCGAGGGCAAUCCGCAACCGUCUAAAAUUCUCAGCAAGUGCCAUCUGUGGAAGCUGCGUAUUAAGUGCAAGAAUAGGAUGAGCUUGGCGAAAGCGUUUUCGCUGCACCUUAAUUCGUUCGAGGUAGACGCGUUGCGCUCGUGCGUUCCCACCCUCGAGUUCAUUGAGGACGGCUUUGACGCCGUGUCCCGUUCAGGCGUUUCCCGAAGCUGGGGUGUCGACAGAAUGAACCAGCGCAUGCUACCCCUGGACUCCGUCGUUCUCGAGAGAGACCACGAAGGCUUCGGCUCGAUCGUUCACGUCUUCAUCCUCGACACCGGCGUUCGUCGCACACACGUCGAGUUUCGGGACCAACUCUUUGGAGCUGGAAGUGACUUUGUCGAUGAAGACGACAUCCCGGACGACUGCGACGGGCACGGAACGCACGUCGCAAGCACCGUGGCGCAGGUCGCGUUCGCCCGUAAAACGAUUUUACAUCCCAUUCGCGUGCUCGACUGUUACGGGAAUGGUGAUUUGACGAGCUUGCUCAGAGGUCUCGAGUUGGUCGUCGAAAUAAUGUCGAAGCUUGAGGCGACGGCGCCCGCAGUGGUGUCUCUCGCACUCGGCGUCAAAGCCGGCGUUUGGUCCGGCGCGCUGGAGCGCAUCGUUCGAGAGCUCACCGAUCGCGGCGUUCUCGUCGUCACGGCGAGUGGGAACCAGAACACGGACGCAUGUACCAUCUCUCCAGGGAACGUGGAAGAUUCAUUGACCGUCAGCGCGGUUGAUGAGCGUGAUGCGCGGUACGGUUCCGGAAACACCGGUCCGUGCGUCGAUCUUUUCGCUCCUGGUGUAAACAUACUCGGGGCAGAACAUGAGAGCGACACAGCGUAUGCGUUCCAAAGCGGGACGUCGAUGGCGGUGUCGCAUGCCGUUGGUGCGGCAACCAGAAUUCUAAGUUUGGCGCCGGACAUGCCGCCUCGCACGACCAAGCGCCAUCUCAUAGCCACCGCCACGCGCGACGUCGUUCGCGGCUCGCUCCUACCGAACACCCCGAACGCGCUACUAUACAUCAAGUAA